AUGGAUCCAGCGUUCGGAUUAGUAAAAAAACGUCAGCUGCCAAAAUUAAUGGCAUGUAUGACUCAAAAUAGCAUAGAAAAUUUUAGAAAUAAAGCUUUGUUUAGUUUAGAUACAAUUGAUGCAAAAGGAAUUCGAAGGCGAAAACUUCCUUUGCACGAAUGUUUAAUUUUAGAGCUGAGAGAAUCAGGUUUCUUUGAAACCUCGGAUUAUCUCCAAAAUCUCAUUUAUGACAACAUUCAAAUUUUAGCGCAAGACGAUAUCGGUAUUGUUAUAGAUAUUAGAGAGAAAGAAAACUUUUUGGAACAUAUUUGCGCUGGUCUACAAAAGGCUGAAAGAGAACGAGAUAAAGAUAACAAAAAGAAAGAAUGCUUGGAGUUCCUCAAACUUGCCAUGUAUUACUCUGAAAUGGGGAAAGGAAUUCUGUGGUUAGCGGAAAAAUUCUUUCUGGCAUCGAUCGCUGUUGGAAGUCAUUACUUAGUCGACGGUGGACGACAGAAAGCAUGUUGCAAAUAUCAUUACGCAUCGUUUUUGUUGGACAAAUUUCCAGAUGCAGACCCUGAAGAAUCAUUUGAAAUUUUUACGGAAGUCAGGGAUAGUGCAAUUGGUAAGGAUUGGGUGCUUUUUGAGGAUGAAAGUGAGAUUAAAGAUGAUGUACCGAAUUCGGUGUUUGCUGCAACUGUUUUACAACUACAUAGGGUUUUACUACAAAAAGCACGAAUGAUACGAAAUGAAGAUCCAGCAAAGUCAGAAAGACUCUCACGUUUAGCUGAACGUAGAGCUAAAGACGCCACUGAUACCCCAAAAAUCGCUGAGGCAAUAAUUGAAAUCGGAAUCAGUCAAUUAACAAUGAAUAAUUUAAAUAAUGCUUUAAGAACAUUUAAAAAGGCUUUUAAAAUAUAUUCAGAAAGCAAAGAUAUUCACGGUAUGUGUGAAACGAACAUGCACCUUGCUGCCGUAAUGCAGAAAAUAGGCGAUAACGAAGCAGCAGCAAAGUAUUUGACCGAAAUGGGAGCAUUGGCUAUGGAACAUGGCUUACGUAAGCAUCUUGGCCGUGCGUUGCACUUACUUGGGGAAUUGCAUUUGAGAAGAGAGAGACCAGAUCUUGGAACGCAGCAUCUGGCCGAAGCAUUUACGUGUUUCAUGGGUUAUCUUGUUCAAGACGUAGGGAAAAAAGAAGGUUCAACAUUAAAAAAUACAGCAAUUUUGCCGACUGACCUGGAUGUCAUAUAUGAGAGCGACGAAACAGAGAAAUUCGUAGAAGAAGCAGAACAAUCUAGAGUAAUGAUGGCAGUUUCAAGAGGUCAAGAACUAAUGGCAUCAUAUUUUAACCAAAUAAAAGAUGCAGGUUCCUGUGUCGUAGCGGUAAUAAAGAUUAUAGAAUGGAAAUUAUCAAAAGCUGGAUGGUGGGUGGACCAAGAUCAUCAUAGAUUGAUUCCGUGUUCAUGUUCUGUUCAUCAUCGGUCACCAUUGGACGUUUUGAGAUUUCAACUUCCACCAAGUUUUGUGGAUGAUUAUAAUAUGGAGAGCCACUCGGAAGGAUUUUCAUUGCUAAAUCGAACAUCAACUACUGAGAAUAUACAAACUCUUCGAAGCAGCUACAUUAGAAUGUAA